AUGCCGCACCUCUCGGACGACGCCGCGUCGGCGCUGGCUCACGAUAUCGCCGCGUCGUCGUCUGACAUUGGCUCAUCGCCGCUCUCACCAGACUCGUCGAAUCCGCGCGCGGUGCGGUCCAUCUCGGAGCUUUCAACCUCGACUGCGCGCUCGGAUGCCGAAACAACCGUCAUCUCAGGAUUGGGCGACGACUCGGUCAUGUUCCCGUUCUCCGCCAAAAUGGUGGCCGACUCGUGCGACCUCUUGCGAAGUCAGAUGGAGGUCGCUGGCGAUCGAGACCUCGUCCGCAUGCUCACCGGCAUCCCCGACUGGCUCUUCCAACGGUGGAUGUUUUCCCACACCACGCGGACGUUCCUCGGCCCAUCGCAGCCGUUGCUGGAGCUCCUUGUUCACCCCUCACUCGCCCUGCCCAAAGCGCUCUUUGCCACUCCGCUCGGCGCGCCCAUGUCACUCGCCUUUGCCCGCAUCCUCACUACCAUCCUUCUCCCACACGGCCGCUUCCUCGAUCUCCUCGCCUGGGCCGUCGCUGCCGAAGUUGCCGCCACCGACACUGUCACUACGCUCUUCCGCGGCAAUUCGUCAGCUUCCCGCCUCCUCACCGCCCUCGCUUCACUCGUCGGGCAAGAGUACCUCAACACCAACUUGGCGUGGAUCGUCCACGAGCUCUGCGACCCGGCUCGUGACCUCGAGCUCGAUCCGGCCAAACUCGAUUCGGCUGCUAUCGGCAACGCCGCUAGCCCGGACGUUGUCCUCGCCGCCCACGCCCAGGCCGUCAUUGACUACGGCCACGCCGUCUUUACCCGCCUCGCCGCGGCUGUCUCCGCCAUGCCGCCGCUCAUGCGCGCCGUCGCUACUAUUGUUCACACCGCGGUCGAGGCCAAGUUUGAGGGCGCCGGAAACUUUGCCAUCGGCUCCUUCCUCUUCCUCCGCUUCAUUUGUCCGGCCCUCGCUUCGCCAGCCCGCUACGGCCUCAUCGGCUUGGCACCGAGUCAGCGCGCCCGCCGUAAUCUUGUUGUCCUCUCGCAGAUGCUGCAAAAGCUUGCCUCUGGGGUAACUACUGCUGCCGCCAAGCACCCCCACCUCGGGUGCUACGACGAAUUUGUCGCGUCGCACCUCGACAUGCGCGACGCCUUCUUUGCCGCCGUGCUCCGCGACGCGCCCGCCGCGCCCAACGACCUCCGCUCUGGCAUCACCGCUGCAGACGUCGAGACCGCCCUUGACCGCAUCGCCGCACCGCUUGCCCAGCACCUCGAGCUGCUGCUCGAUGCCUGCGGCUCGGUCCUCUGGGUCGACUCGAACACCUUUUCCGGCGCUGCUAACGUCCUCGUUCAUCUCGCCAACGUCCUCGCCGGUCCACCCGAGCGCGCUGCCCUCCCGGUCCCGGCCCUUGUCAACCUCUUUGCGCGGGUCCUCUUUGUUGUCGGUGGCCCACGCCUCUACCUUGCGCUUCAUGAUGUCGUCGCCUCGACAUCAGCUCAAGCCGAUGCGCUCGCCCGUGCCUACGUCCGCCUUGGCCUCGCGUCGGAGCACGCCGAGCCGUUUGUCGCCGCCCUCACCGGCGAAUGGAUCAACCGCCAGCUGGAGUCGAACAGCCCAGAGACCCGCGCCGACCCGGCAUCCGGAGGCGCCCUUCCCGGCCGCAAGGCCACGCUCCGCACUCGCUGCGCCUCCAUCCGCGAGUUCUCAUCGUUUAUGCGCAACUCACCCCCGUCGCGCAUUCUCUCGGUCUACUUUGAGCUCGUCACCGUCGACGUUCUCCGCACCGAGCUCCUUCCGGUCCUUGCGCCCGUCGGCGCCUCGUGCAAGGUCCUCGACACCUCGGCACUGGCCAAUGAGGCCUCGCCGAAAGCCCGCGCGCUUGUUGUCUCGGUCCAUCGCCUCCUCUCGGCACUCAUCGUCGCCCUCGGUCACGCCGCACGCGCACUCCCACCGCGGUUCCAUGACUUAUGCCGUGCGCUUGACGCCGCGGUCAUCAUGCCCAACUAUGAAACCCCCGAGCCCACCCCCGAGGGCCGCGCUACCCUCGUCCUCCUCUCCAAGCUCAUCUCCCACCUCGCCGAGGGCACAUCUUUCUCCAACUAUGACCCGCUCGCCCCACUCAACGCUCUCCUUAGCAAGGUCCGCCCGGACGUCUCUGACCUCCUUGCCGCCCUCCACGGCUUUGGCCUCGAUCGCUCCGCCGUUGCCACGCCCUCCAAAGUGUUUAUCUCGGCCCGCGACAAGCGCUCCGCCAUCGCCUGCAUCACCUCGCUCGUCGAGCACCACCCGGAGCUCGUCUCAGACCACGUCGAUGACACCGGCAUGCUUGCGCCGCUCAUCGAGACUGUCGAGUACAACGUCGCCCAGCGAAUUUACACCGUCAUGGCGGCACGUGCUCUCCACACCCGCGCCGGCCGCCCCACGGCCGCCACCCUGUGA